AUGGCGACGUUGGCGUGGUUUCUAGCGGCAGCUCUGCUAUUGACAGCGGCGGCUGGCCGAAAUUUAAAACCGCAAGAGGAUCGGACGAAACUGUCGGAUCCCGUCAGGGUUCCGCGACGAGUGGAACCCAGCGUCCCAGUGUCGUUGCUGCGCGACGAUUCAGAGAUCCCGCGACAACAACUUUCCAACAUCAACGCUCGCAAACAUCCAUGGAAACGGCAAUUGCCCGUUCCGAUCGGGGCCAAUUUCCACUCGUUCGCGUUCAACGGCCAACCUCGCGCGCCCUUGCGCACAGCCACCUUCGACCCCACCACCAACACCACCACCAUCGUAGCUCGAAUCGGCGAGGCCGCGAACCGGAUCGAGCCACGAAUCUCGUCCGGAUCGUCUCACGUGGUCUUCGCCGCGCCUCGGAGGAGCCACGGUUUCGAGCACUCGUUCCACCACCACGGCCACCAUCACUCCCAUCAUCACGAGCAUCGUGGCAAGCACAAGCACGAGCACGGUCACAAGCAUCACGCCGAGCACGAGCACAAGCACGGCCACGAUCACCACGCCGAGCACAAGCAUCACGAGGAGCACAAGCAUCACCACGGCCACCAUCACCAUCACGGCCACGAGCAUCACCACGGCCACAAGCACCAGCACGGCCACGAGCACAAGCACGAGCACGGUCACAAGCACGAGCACGAGCACGGGCACGAGCACAAGCAUCACGGGGAACACCAUCAUCACCACGGGCAUCAGCAUCACUCGAAGCACGAGCAUCACGAGGAGCACAAGCACCACGCCGAGCAUCACCACCAUCACAAGCACCACCAUCACAACGAGCAUCACCACCACCACGAGCAUCACCACGUCAACGAGCAUCACCACCACCAUAGCCACAAGGAGACCGAGAACCACCACCACCACCACGGCCACGAUCACCAGGAGCAUCACAAACACGGCCACAAGGAGGAGCACAAGCACCACCACGGGCACGAGCACAAGCACGGCCACCACGAGGAUCACCAUCACGCUCACCACCAGGAUCAUCACCACAAACACGGCCACGAGCACAAGCACCACCACCAUCAGGACCAUCGUCACAAGCACGGGCACGAGCACAAGCACGGGCAUCACGAGGAACACCAUCACGGGCAUCACGAGGAUCACAAGCACAGCCAUCACGAGGAGCACGAGCACAAGCACGGGCACGAGCACAAGCACGGUCACAAGGAGGAGCAUCACCACGGGCACCACGAGGACCACCAUCACUCCCAUCACCAGGAUCACAAGCAUCACCACCACGAGGAGCACAAGCACGGGCACGAGCACAAGGAGGAGCACAAGCACGGCCACGAGCACAAACACCACCACGAUCAUCACGAGGGGCACCAUCAUCACGAACACCACAAACACCACGCGUCUCACGAGCACAAGCACGGCCAUUCGCACGAGGAACAUCACAAGCACUUGGACGAGCACAGCCACGAGCAUCGGCACGAGAAUGGCCACAAACACGCGGAACACCAUCUCCACUCCGGUUACGAGCAACACGGCCACUACAGGCAGGGAUUGGGCCAUUUCUUCGAAGCCUCGCACAAUCACGAGGAGUACGUGCUUCCGGAGGAGGGCGAGACGAUGGUGGUAACGCCCCAGGUCGAGGAUAUCCUUAAAAUUAAGAAGGAAACGGAAGAAGCGGAGAGUACGACCGAGCAAGCUACGACGUCGGAUGAUCGAGCUUAAAUCGUUUCGAGAACGAUUCCCUCCGAUACUUUAAUCGUUCCUGCGAAUUGUUUCUUGUCUUAGCCUCCAGUUAUACCUUUGUUGACACCUUUACGAAAUACAAAGUUUACACGAGUUUAUGAUUGCCUUCUCCCUUCCAUUAAACCGUGACCGGUUUCGACCGGAGACGGAAGUUCGAUGGAUACUCGACUACGCUCCGUUUCUCGUUUUCGAAACUACAAUAACGUUUAAACUUCGGUCUCAAGAUACUCGAGCCUUCGUCUCCAACUGGAUAUCUUUCCCAC